CUUGAUGGCAGCAGCAUGAAUCACGUCUGCACCGUCCCAGUUAUCCUCAGGUAUAAAUAAGAGCAGCAGAGAGACAGGAGCAGCUUCAGACGGUCUGGAGUCUCAGGAAACAAACAGAGUUUUUUCCUCAUCAUUGCCUGCUGGCCCUGUGAGAGUCAGAGAGGAUGUUAAUGAUGAUGAUGAUGAUGAAGAAGAAGGGGUCCAAGACUCUGGGUGUGGUGGCUCUUCUUCUGGCCUCAGCCAACUGUAUCCUUCCUCCAUCAAAAGAAGAUCUUACCCAGAUCUCCCUCCAGGGGGAAAAGUAUGUGGAUAAACAGAUUGAAACUGCCGUUAACGGAGUGAAGGAGAUGAAUAGCGUGAUGCAGAAAUCUUCAGAGGCCCACCAGAAGUUUUUGGACGCCCUGGAGAAAACCAAGGAGCAGAAAGAGGAAGCGAUGCGUGCGGCUCAGGAGAUGGAGGAGAAGCUGGAGCGUGAGGAGGAGGUCUGUAACGAGACCAUGAAGGCUCUGUGGGAGGAGUGUAAGCCCUGCCUGAAGAACACCUGCAUUAAAUACUACUCCCGAACAUGCAGCAGUGGAUCUGGACUGGUGGGACGCCAGCUGGAGGAGGUUCUGAACAGAUCGUCUCCGUUCUCCAUCUUUAUCAACGGGGAGAAGAUAGACGUCCUGGAGAAGGAAGGGCAGCGACAGAACAAAGAGCUCCAGAACCUGGAGGAGAGAUAUACAGAGAUGGCCGAUGGUGUGGACAGCAUAUUCACAGACAGCAUGAAGGUGGCUGAUCAUGUCCACUUCAACCCUCCAGUCUUCUUUUUCCCCAAUUUCCUGGGACCGAUCAUUCGCCACCGCAGAAGCAUCCGCUCUCUCUUCCACGAUCCGUUCCACAGCUUCCAGGACUUGUUCUCCCCCAUGAUGGGCAUGGGCAAGAACUUCUUCAGCUCAAUGGGCUCCAUGACGGACAUCGACUCAGACGCAGCUCCUAAUGACGACGGCAGCGUGAACGAGGACGUGGUCAUCACCAAACCGUUUGGCAACGGCAGGAUGACCUGCAGAGAGAUUCGCCGCAACUCGGCCGGCUGCCUCAAGUUCCGCGACGAGUGUCAGAAAUGCAAAGAGAUCCAGAAUGUUGACUGCUCCGGGAGGAAACCUCUGGAGGGCCCGCUGAAGGAGGAGCUGGAGGAGGCGCUGGCCAUGGCCGAGCGUUUCACUCAGCAGUACAACAGCCUGAUGAUGAGGUUCGAGGAGCAGAUGUUCAACACCUCCUCCAUCCUGGACAUGCUCAACCGAGACUUCGGCUGGGUGUCGUCUCUGGCGAACAACACCAACACCAAGGACGACGUCUUCCAGGUUCAGACGGUGAACAGCGGGGACACUGAGGAGGAGAAGAAGCAGCCUGGAGAAACAAACGUGUCUGUGAAGCUCUUCGAUUCUCCCCCCAUGAACAUCAGCAUACCGGGCGACAUCCCCUGGACCGACCCCAAGUUCUCUGAGGUGUUGGCCCAGGAGGCUCUGGACCGCUACAAGGAAACCAGCGUUGUGGUCAAAUAACGUCCCAACCUGCACUGUCUGCUGACAAGUGAAUGUUCUGGAUUCAUCAAAAACCCACCUGAAACCUCGACGAUAAACACCUGGGGAAAAAAAUAAAAACUGAACCCACUGGUUCUGUUGUGAAUCCUCUUUAAGUCCUGCUUUUGCAAACGACUCAGUUAAACCUCAGAGAUUUAUACUGUUACAUUAGAGCUCUUUGUCCUGCUGUAAGAGAAGAUAUUCAGUAGAUGUAGAGAACAGGCCUACUUAUGUCUAUUGUACCUUCAACGUCUAGGCCUUUUGUGAGCUGGGCUUUGCAAAAGGCAGCAUAAAUGAUUUAUUCUGCUUGAGUUUCUGUUAAAAACCAAAAUGUAUAUUGACUCUGAAGCUGUUUAUUCUAUGCAUUCAGCAUUUCUAACACAUGAAGGUUAAACUAAGAUUUGGUUUGUUGCAAAGAUUUGUAGAAAAGUAAAGUUUAGAGCAGCUGUUUCAGUGACUUUAAAGACCCAGCCUACCCUUCUACUGAUCUCUAUAUGAUCGCUGUUAUCUGAGUUGGUUAAAGUGGUCGGUUUGCUGGAGUUAAACUCACUGAUUGGACAGAUUCAAGUUGGGAAAUAGGAGUCGAUUAUGUUCAGGACUGCUUUGAGUCCCUCUGUACAACAGCCUAGCAAUAAAGCAAUACAUAGAGAUCUAAUAAAACCUGCUCAAACCCA